AUGUCAGCGACCACGCCCACCGCCUCCCUGCAAGACCUGACCACGACCCUGACCUUGGUGGACAUCGUGCUCAUCACGUCCCUGACGACCAUCAUCCUCAUCACCAUCCUCGGGAACACGCUGAUCAUCACAGCAGUGGCCACGACGCGCCGGCUCAGGACGGUGACCAACUACUUCGUGGUCAGCCUCGCGGUCUCAGACCUGCUGGUCGGGCUGCUGGUCAUGCCCUUCGCAGUGGUCAAGGAAGUCACGGACGGGCUGUGGCUGUUCGGGCACAUAGCCUGCGAGCUGUGGGUUUCCAUGGAUGUGAUGUUGUGUACAGCUUCCAUUCUGAACCUGUGUUGCAUUAGCUUGGACAGGUACUUCGCCAUUACUCACCCCUUGGUAUACUCAGUGAAACGCAGCAGGCGAUUGGCUAAAAUCAUGAUUGCAGUUGUGUGGUCAGUAAGUGGCGCAAUCACGUGUCCACCCAUAUUUGGAUGGCACGAUCGUAGCCAAUCACAAAACGACACGAAAUGCGUGUACAUCGGCAAUGUGGGAUAUGUCGUUUUUUCUGCAUUAGGUUCUUUUUACAUCCCUGCCAUUAUCAUGGUGUACGUGUACUGGCGCAUUUUUGCGGUGGCGCGCAAGAGACAGGCUGUUCUGAUGCAACAGGGGGACGACAACAAAGAGAACCACGGCUCUGACAGCAAUUCUUCCACGCUGGGGGACAUGUCCAUGCACAAUGCUGAUCACCAACGCAUUCUCAAAGUGCCAGAAGACGGGGUGCAGACCGAAGAAAAUGCUAUGCAAAUGUCACAGGUCCGGACGAGCAGCACCAGGAGUCACAGUGGCCGAAGAAAGAGCUCCUUCUCCCUCAUCCGCUCGGCGCCUUUCUUCCUCAGCCGCCAAAACACCUACAACCCGAACAUCACGACGAAGCUCUACCACCAGCAGAACCACCAGCACCACCACCACAACCACCAGCAAGAGACGGGCCGCGAAGAGUGGCAACAGAGCCCGGAUGACACGGUAGCUGCUACCACCUCGAGAAAACCACACACGGACUCUCCCGUUGCCGAAUCUCCAACAGGUGGUGGCCAGUACUGCCAGUACUGCCAGCCCAAGAAGGAGAGUGGGGGGAGCCACAAGACGACUCGCCUGACCAUCAGGAAGAAGGAUGGCUACGAGAGGGCCGCGUUCCAGAGGGAGAGGCGGGUUGCCAAAUCCCUCAGUGUCGUCGUAGGUGGCUUCAUCGUCUGCUGGCUGCCUUUCUUCACCGUGUACUUAAUCGAACCUUUCUGCGAUACGUGUUUCUUCCACCCCACACUCAGCGCUUGCCUGGUGUGGCUGGGCUGGGUUAACUCAGCAAUAAACCCAUUCAUAUACGCACUCAACAACCAGGACUUCAAAAAAGCCUUCCUUAGGCUGACCAUUGACAAGUGUAGGUGUUGUAGGAAAAAUAGGAAAGGACAUGAUCCCCAGCAGUUUAUCUAAACUAAGAUUUAUUUCAAGAAGACUACUGCAAAGACAAAUGGCACACAAUUGCUCUCUUGUAGGCAAUUUUUAAGGGAAAACAGGAGUGCCCUGGAAGUGAUACUGAGAUUUGAUUAACUGCCUUUAAUGAAUUACGAGGGUUGUACUAACUAUUUUAACCAACACUAAUGCUACUGAAAACCGAAACUUCGACGGUAAAAUGACAGCAACGUUUUUCAUUGAUUCCAAACAAUAUCAGAUGAUCUGAAAAUUUUUACCAAACUUUCCAGACGAUAGUGGUUGAUUACUAAGUUCUUGCAUUGCGUUAAGAAUACAAAAAAAAAAAAAAAAAAAAAAAAGAUUUUGAGAAAAUUAAUCCAAUUUAAAGAAUUGGGUGAAUUGCAGCGGUAAUAGAAGGACAGUUUGAACAAAAAAAUCGAUGUAUUUCUGUCUAUAAUCAUAUUAAAAUAUAUAUUUUUUUCAAAACCUGAUGCAUAGGCUUUUAUACAUCAUCAUAGUAAGUUGCUAAAAAAGCCAAAGCCACGAAUUUAUUGCCAGUAACUUUUUUUAAAAUGAAAUUUAAAAAGCGGUAACGGAAGAAAAUUUUUGCGACAUGAUUUUCACGCAAUCAUGUUCUCCCCAAAAGUUCAGCCAAACUAUAAAAGGGAAAACUAUAAAAACUAGAGCACAUACGGGAGUGUUCAAUCAUUACAAUUUCAUCUCUUGUUUUAAAAAACUAUUAUUUUAAGCAUAUAAAUUAUGUAUUUUUUAAGGGUAACGGAAGGACAGUAACGGAGGGACAAGAAGUCGAAAACAAUUUAACUUGGUAAAUUCUACUUACAAACAUUUAUUCAGCUAAUACAGCAGUCUGAAACAAUGACGUCUAAUAGCUGAGCCAUCUGUUAAAUUUAAGAAUUCUUAAAAUACUCAAAAAUAUUAUCAGAAUUCAUAGAACAUUUAUCUUCUUUGUCAGGGAAUACAAAGAUCCUUCCCAC